AUGUUCCCGGCUAGUAGGUUUCGAUGGCUGUAUUGGUUGGCCUAUAAACGCCGCGAGAUUUAUUCUCCACUAGAAUGCGGCGUAUACCAGGCGUCUGCUAUUCUUAAUCCUAGUCCACCUAACUACCUCUUCAAGCUCCUUGCACAAUUUGACAGCACCGAAGAGUCCUGCAAGUACAAGACGCCGAGCAGGAAGCUUAUGUACAAAAGGUAUGACCCCGAAUGGUGUGACCUCCAGCGAGAUGGGCGCAAUGCCAUAGCCUACCAAGCGCAUGUGGCCACGCACAUAGUCACGGUGACGGAAGCCACGCCGGCCUCGACCGAGAUGGACGUGGUCGUUGUCAGCUCUACAUUGACUGCCUCGACCGAGACGCAGGUGCAGUUUGUCACGUGCGCUGGUGUGACGCGCGCCGUAGUCACUGCGGAAGCACCGUCCACCACCGUAACGGUUGAUGCUGCUAGUACUUACACCGCGUCGGUGCUGUCGACGCCCACCAACACCGAGACUGUCGUCGAUGUAGUCAUAGCUACCGUCUCGGCUACCGAAACCGAUGUCGCUUUCGUCAUAAACGUCGGGGCCUUCCGUGCCGUUGGCACCGACUACAACGCCUUUCCGCUGUUCGUCUACGCCAAUAUGGCGUGUCGUCUUGGCGAAUCCCAUCCUGCCUAUGCCGUGCACACUCGCCAAGCCAUGUUCAUUAGCACGGCCACGACAGGUAGCCAGUGGCCGCAGAUUGGUGUCUUCAACACCAUUCAGUCGCAGAUCGCCAACGGUGCGCGGAUCGACUAG